AUGCUUCCUCUGUCAUCGCUCAUGUAUGCUAUUCCUAACAACACGAGACGUGUGUUGACUUCUUGGAAGAGUAACACGGAUCCAUCUCCUGGGGAAUUUGUAGCAGAGCUUACUCCAGAAGUUCCACCUCAAGGGCUUGUAAGGAAAGGCUCAUUACCUUACUGGAGAAGCGGGCCUUGGGCGGAAACAAGGUUCACAGGGAUAUUAGAAAUGGAUGAAACUUAUGUAAAUCCAUUAACAAUGGUCCAAGAUGUGGUGAAUGGUACAGGAGUUAUGACUUUUUGUGCGCUGAGAAACUUUGAUGUGUCAUACAUCAAGCUAGCAUCGGAUGGAUCAUUGAACGUUCGCCGAAGUAAUGGCGGCAACACCGGGUGGAUUAAGCAUUUUGAAGGUCCUCUAAGCUCAUGUGAUCUCUACGGUACGUGUGGAGCUAAUGGUAUGUGCAUAAGGUCCAUUAGUAGUCCAAUAUGCAAAUGCUUGAAAGGGUUUGUGCCAAAGUCAGAUGAUGAGUGGAAUAGCGGAAACUGGACGCGUGGGUGUGUGAGACGAACAGAGUUAUCAUCAUCAUGUCAGGGAAACUAUUCUUCAACAACACAAAGCAAAGACACAACAGACGGGUUUUACCGUGUCGCCAAUAUCAAGCCUCCGGAUUCUUACGAACUGGCGAGCUCUGGUGACGCAGAACAAUGCCGUCAAGGAUGUCUUGGCAAUUGUUCUUGCUCGGCGUUUGCCUAUAUUAAAGGAAUCGGAUGCUUGGUGUGGAAACAUGAGUUGUUGGACAUGGUUCAGUUUACUCAAGGAGGAGAGAUUCUUUUCAUCCGUCUUGCACGUUCUGAGUUAGCUGGAAGCAAAAGAAUCAAGAUCAUCUCUGUUAGCGCUAUCAGCCUCUGCGUGAUUAUAAUCUUGGGGCUAGCAGCAUUUGGGUGUUGGAGAUACAGAGUGAAACAAAAUGGUCAAGCUCGUGUAGCCAUGGAGGUUUCAGAAGAUUCUUGGAAGAAUCAUUUGAAAUCACAAGAUGUCUCAGGUUUAAAUUUCUUUGAGAUGCAUACCAUACAAAAUGCAACCGAUAAUUUCAGCAUCUCAAAUAAACUCGGUCAAGGUGGAUUUGGAACAGUUUAUAAGGGAAAGCUAAAAGAUGGGAAAGAGAUAGCUAUAAAACGGCUCUCUAGGAGCUCUGGAGAGGGAACAGAGGAAUUCAUGAAUGAAUUAAAACUCAUCUCAAAACUACAACACAGAAACUUGGUUCGGCUUUUAGGAUAUUGCAUUGAAGGAGAAGAGAAGCUAUUGGUUUAUGAGUUUAUGGUGAACAAGAGUCUUGAUAGUUUCCUAUUCGAUUUGAAGAAGAAGCUGGAGAUUGGUUGGUCUAAGAGAUUCAAUAUCAUUCAAGGUAUUGCUCGUGGACUUGUCUACCUCCAUCGAGACUCGUUACUUAGAGUUGUGCAUCGCGAUCUAAAGGCCAGCAACAUUCUCUUGGACGAGAAGAUGAAUCCAAAAAUAUCGGAUUUUGGCUUGGCUCGGAUGUUUCAAGGGACUCAAAAUCAAGACAACACUGGCAGAGUCUUUGGAACUUUGUAA